AUGGAGAGAACAGACCAAGACUUUGCAGACGGACUCACAUUGGAUUUGUUCUCACCAUAUAACCGCACUCUCGUUGUGAGCCAAAACACGUCACCACUUCCUGGCAGCUUCGUGAGCGGCAGUAAUGGCGCCCCCUUUGUCGCGCUUUCCAAUUACUCGUGGAUAAUCAAGCUAAACGAGACUGCGAACGAUCUCAUCGCCAAGAUCGAGCUUCCUUACGACCCUGUUGCACUUCAGAAAGUCGAUGUUGAUCAAGGCAACACAUACGUUGGGGUUCUGGCAGAAGACAAGAAGUCAUGGAUUGUAUCAGAAACACAACGCAAUGUUCACGUCUCUGAAAACAAAACGCGAAUCAUCAAAAUGACUUCACUGGACGGAGAAUACAUGCUCCUUGGUCGGCAAACAGCGGAUAUUUCGAAUAUAUUCGUGCAGUAUGGCCAAGGAGCCACCCGAACAGUGAAUUUUACUGGAGGCAUAGGCACUCAAGAGACUGAGUUUAUCGACGGUCUACGUUUUACUGUACAGUCUGAUCAGCCUUUCACCAUGAACGUCGAUAUCAAAAACGGGAUUCCAAUAGACGCAUUGUCCACCAAUGUUUCAGCUCUCAUCAAUCGCGCGAUGCUAGUCGCAAAAACACUCAAUUCGACAGAUGCCGAGAAGCGGCUUGUAGUAGCGAAACGCCCCCUCAAUGCAACCACGGAAUCAUUUACUCCAUUGUCGCCAGACACUCAAGGGUUAGUUGCUUCCGAAAACCGUAUCAAGGUGUCUGGUCUCUCGCAGUUGGAUGGACAAUACGUUUUGCUUGUAACGUAA